AUGAUCUCUAACUUUAGUAUUUAUGGCAAAACAGAAACACAGAGGGCAAAAAAGUUUGAGCGGAUUUUGUUUAUUCUUCAUAACAAUAUCAAUGAAAGUUUGUCUCGUGAAGCUCGGGAACUAACUGAGUAUAUCUUCGUAUUUGAUCAGAUCAACGCUCUGAUUGAUCAGAAUCGCCUUCACUGGAAACUUGAUGAUCCUGAAGACCUUCGGCCCAAGUUAAUACCGGUUCCGGAAAAACUAAAUCUGUACGAAGAAUAUAUUGGUGCGAAUAGCCGGCGACUUUUGGUUCUCGAUGCCUGUGUUGAUGCCAUUUUCGAAAAUCGCGUGUCGGAAGCAAGAAAGAUGAUGUGUGCCGUGGAACUAUCACUUCGUCUAGUAACAGCUCGAGUAGCUCUAUGUCGUCAAUUAGCAGGUGCAGCUGUACCUGUUACUCGAGCUAUGCUGCAGCCAGCGCAAUUUGAACUUGUUGUUCGACUUUUGAAUUGCGCACUUGAGCACGAAUCUGACGAUGACGAGUACGGAAUUGCCUACGCCUGUUUGCAUCUGAGCAGUAUAUAUUGCAGAAAAGAAAUUCUCAGUUAA